UAAGUGAGGAGUCGAAGAAUUAAGAUCAGUUAGUGUGUGGGAGUGCAUCAUGCAGAUGAAUUCCAAGUUUGAAACCCAUGCGACGGAGAACGGGCCUCGUGGAUUGCCGUUUCUGUAACGAAGUCGAACCGACUCGUCCGCUAUGAUAUCUCAGCGUCCGUCCGGUGACCCCGAACUGCCAAAGCCCUAGUUUCACCAUGGAAUCCGGAUCGAAGAUCGCGUGCUCCUUCCCCGGCGACGCCGACGCCAUCGCCGACGACAAAGCCGUCGAGGAGGCCACUGCCACCCUGACGAAAGCCGACAUGAAGGAGAUGAUGCUCCUCGUCCGCCGCUUCUACGCUAUGCUGGACGGCACGGACAUCCAGCGGCGCAAGCGUCUCCGCACGACCUUCGCCAAGUACGAUCCAGCGCACCGGUCCACGGCGUUCAACUCGGGAGCGGCGGGGAGGACCGUCAGUCAAUCGGAGAUGCCGUUCAACCCGUUGGCGCAGCUGAGGCGCAGGUUCAGGCGGCGGCCGCCCCGCCCAUCCCGGUCGCGGCCGUUGCCGGUGCCGAGCUCGCCGCCCCGGCCGCUCCCGCGGAGGGACCAAGACGACUGGAAGGUCCCGCCCUGCGUUUACAACCGGCAGAACCCCGACAAGCCGCAACCGGCGUCAUCCGGUGGCGCGGGGAAGCUGGACGAUCAGGUAGACAGCAACUUCGCCAGGCUCUCCGAGGCGCUGGACGCCGAGGAGAAGGAGGCCAGGGAGGCCUUCCUGAUACGGAACAAAUCGGACAAGGGGUCCUCCGGAGGAACGCCUGGACGGGCUGCGGCCGGCAAGAGGGAGAGGCCGGCCGAGCUCGAGUUCGAUGAGCCGGAGCAGAGCGACGACCCCUUGGACCUCGAUCAGUUCAUGUCUAAGUUUGCUGGUUUAGGCAUGGAAGAUUUCGAUAUCGACCAACUGCUAGGAUCGAUGCAUAUCCGAUAGUAUGGUGAGAAUCCAGCCUACCUGCGUUGAUUGCCGGUGAUGUCAGUGGUUCAUCUAAUUUGUGCUCUGCAUUUUUACUUCAUCUGUGUUGCCUAGUUUAUGCUGUAUCGUCACUUCAUUUAAUUCUGCACGCUCUUGAACAGUAGUUGCUGCUGCUCGAUCCAGCUGAUGAUGCAACGGAAUGCCGGAUUAAUGGAUAAUUUUGAAAAGAAAAAAAUAGAGUAUGCUGCACAUGCGUGGCGUGCAGACUGCAGACCGAUAAUUUUGUCAAAAUACAGCAAGGGAUUGUCCUAAUUGCAGGACAUAGGAAUUAAGCAAGAUGCGUUGUAACAGAUGUGAUACUGUAAACAUUGUACUGAUCCUUUCAAAGAGAAAAAAAAAUGAGGUGGUUAUCAGAUUCUACUGCA